CUCUAAUUUCUUUUGCUUCAAAAAUAAAGAUUUCCAAGUAGAGCUGUAAAUUCAGAGUCUGGAUAAAUAGCUAUAUGGGUUGGUUUUAGUUAACUGCAAUCUACAUUGCAGAAGUCUGCAAAUAUUUUUCGCACAGCUAGCUACGUAUAUCUGCUUCAAAAUCGUUAAUAUAAAAAAUGGAACUUCAGGAGGACACUGUAUGUCAGGAGAGAUGGUGUGAUGCUCAGGUUGGGGGUGAAUCCGUCUGUGACGGUUCUAAUUUGUGUUUGCCGCUCCAUUCUGGCGAUCAUGCAGACGACGAUAGUAUUUUCAUUACCUCUCUCACACCACCACUACCCUCACCACCCAAUUUACAUGCAGAAAAAAAUCCGGAGACAGAUGGAGAUUAUGCAUCAACAGUAGUGAUUUCAGACACCCCAUCUGAUGUGCUCCUAGGGAUGAACGAAGAUCCGCUAUGGAUGUCCAAGGCAGUGGCAGUGUGGCCUGUCAGUGCCACACCUCAGAAGUGCUGUCUUUGCGGUAAAGUUUUUGGCUCGGUUAGUGGCCUCCACAAACACCAGCUUACUCAUCUGCAAGACAGACCACACGAGUGCCCAGUCUGCAAACGGGGAUUUAAGCGCAGUGAUCAUCUAAAUGUCCAUCUUUUGACACAUCAGAAGAGGAAGCAGUUUAGAAGCAGUAAGCCAGCCUUUCAGAAGAGCUAUUGUGACAACCAGCCAUUGAAAUACCACCUUGUACCAAGCCCUUCUGCAAGCACUUUCUGUGAUCUUUCCAAGACCAGUCCAACCCAGUGGAAGGGUCGGUUUGCAGAUGGAGACCCAUUAUUGGGUAAUUUAACAGAUGGCACCAAUUAUCACUCCAUUUAUCUCUCUCCGCCCAAACCAGCGUCUGACACUCAACUCUGCGGCACUGGUUCUGCAUGUUUAAACAGCUGUGGCGAUUAUACCAGCUUUGUUUCUUUAGGUGACUCUGGGGCAAUGAGUUUCUCAAGGUCAAGUGUAACCGAGGUGCUGGAUCCUUGGAGCCAAGGUGAAAAUAGAGGCCUCUGUGAUGGUGAUGAUGAUGAGCCAAACCCACCUUUAGUGACAUGUGCUGCUCCCAAGCAGAACCCUGACAAGAAGCCAGAAUCCAACACCUUUGUAGGGCCUCAGUAUGGGGAAAGUGACGUGAAUAUCCCUGUAUCAAAAUUUCAAGCCCUUGAAGAGAUUCUGUUGUUUCAACCCUUUAUGGAGGAACAGAGUUUAGGAGAGAAUAUUCCUGCAGAGUCAGCAUCUCCUAAAAGACUCACGCAGAGUCGUUCUGCCAUUAUGUUUAAGCAAGCACCAUAUCAGUCUAAGCAGGAGUUUAAGAAACUGUCCCUUUUGGAGCCUCAGCCUCAUUCAUUUCCUGUCCUCAAAGGAUCUGCUUUUUCAGAAACGAUGUCAGCUCCAAAUUCCAUGCCUGAUAAUAUGGACGACCCUCUUCUUAACUAUUCUGACCAAGCACAGUCUGCCCACGGUCACAUCCCAGUUAUGCUACCCUCUGUUCUUGCUUCUUCCUACUCCUGUGAAAUGGUACCACCAGAAGCUCCCUCUGCCAAAUCCCCAAAGAAAGACAGCAGGAAGAGGGCAAGGAAGACAAAAGUCAAAGAGACCAAUCUUCUAGCCCCGCCCCAUCCGCUCUCUCGUCCAGACGUGCAUUAUGCUUCCCGACGCCCACGGUUGCAUCCUCUGCAACUCAUUUCCCCAAGUCAGGUGGCCUUGGCCUCUUUCAGUGCCAUAAGCGCUGCUGGAUUGACCUCUUGUGUGCCCUUCAAGGUGAAUAACUCAGCAGGGGAUCAACUAGACACUUGUAAUAGCGAGCAAGCUCUUCCCCAACCUUCAGAAGACAGCAUCCAGAACUUUCCACUAGGUGAACCUAGCUGGACUAGUGCUAAAGAGGGUUUUACUGAUGAAAUGCAGGGUAAGAAAAUGGGUUCAGAAGCAGGACAUUUGCAGGUGCAGAAGGCCCCAUGUGUGGAUGACAAGAUUUCUGUGAUGCCCCUGGUUAUUCCUGUAUCAGUUCCAGUUUCAGAGAGGACACAGGAAGGAAAAGGACUUGGCAGUACAAGGGCUUCAAAGAAGUCUCCUAACCUUAAAUUCCAGAAGACGCUGUUUAUCCCCAGUCCCACCGGCCCGCGUAGCUCCAUGCCGCGUGACUUUGCGGGGGACACCGUGAUUGGCCAGCAGUGGUGGGCAGCCGGUGCCUACCCCAGUCAGCUGCGCUCCCCUGUCUACUUGGGCGAGCACCUCCUGAACCCCAGCUUUGAGCCCCCACCUUACACACCCCCGCCCAUGCUGAGUCCGCUCCGCCCUGGCACCGGGCUCUACUUCAGCACCCUGCCGCCCUCACAGCCCUGCCCCCCCCCUCCUCCUCCUCCUAGCACUUACACAGCUACCCUGGACAUGGCCGAUGGGAUCUCUCUUGUGAUGGAUGACACUAUUGUCACUAUAGAACCGAGAAUCAAUGUGGGUUCUCAGUUCCAAGCAGAGAUCCCUCCACUGCAAAAUCUGCUGCUAAUCCUGUAUGAUGAGCAUCCAGCACAGCUGGUCUGGGCCCCCUGGGGGGAUAUCGAUAGCAAUACAGAAACAGAGAAAAGAGUGACGGCCCUGCUGGACUUGUCAUGUUCCAGUGUGUUACCAGGAGGGGGCACCAACACAGAAUUGGCUCUGCAUUGCUUACAUGUGGGACAGGGAGAUGUCCUGGCUGCCCUGGAGUUACUUUUAAUCAAGGAAGACUACCUUUCUUCUUCCUAUCCCUUACGAAAUUACCACUAUUCAGGCUCAGAUUGUUGGAGUCCUCAGGAAAAAAGACUGUUCUGUAAAGCUCUGGUGACCCACGGCAAGAACUUCCAACUCAUUCAAAAUAUGUUGCAGAACAAGUCUGCAGCACAGUGUGUGGAGUAUUAUUAUGCCAUGAAGAAACUACAAAAAUUCAAGCAGCGAAUCCAAGGGGCAGCAAGGAAAGAUCGAUUUACAGAACCUAAAAUGGAAUUGCCUGGAGGCCAAGUGGAGUAUUCCGUUAAACAUGGAGCCCCCCAAAAACACUUAAGUCCAACAGGAGCUCAGGUUUUGCCAGCCAGUCAUAUUGAGUUGAAGUACAUCUGUGAGGUGUGUGGCCGGGGCUUUGAGAAGAUUAAAAGUCGCAGCGCCCAUAUGAAGACUCACCGGAACCAAGAAAGGGCGUUUCGAGGUAGCAACAGCUUGCCUAGUUGCUAUUCAGGAGAGGCUGGGCUAUGGUCAGGUCUGGAGAGCAGAAGCUCCUUUCAUUUUCAUAGUUAAGGCAAAUUAAGGCCUGGCACACGUUCAAGAUGUAACUGUUUGCAAAGAUUAGCACGGUCUCUUAUCUCCCUCACACUGGUAAACAAUACAAAGGAUCUGAAUAUUCUGAAUAAUAUUUGAAACUAUGUAGAAGCAGGGUAAGUGACAGAAACAGAAUUUGGUGCAUGCUAUAAUCCAUAUCUAUUCCGACCCACAUUUGAAGAUGAAGAAGUCUAACCAGAUCAACAUGGUAAUUCCUUCAUACCCAUGUUACUAUGACGAAGUGCACCUUUGUGAGCACAAACCAGAAUCUGGCCAUAAUUCUGGUAAAAUUUAAAGAAAAUGAUCUGAUUACAAUGCCUCCCCAUUGUUUGCCAUUUUUAUUGUCUAAUAUAACAAUGCUGUUUAGUGUUGUAGUUUGUUCAUGUUAUGAAAACAUUGUUUUUGGCCUUUUUUCAAAUUACAGCUCUUAAGAUUUCUCCAGGGUCCCAUUAUCUUAGUGAUAAAUGUAUAACAAAUUAAUAUGUCAUUUAAGAUGUGAUUAAGAUUUAAGAAAUAAACAUUUUUGUAAUAUGCAUAUCCAUAAAUAUGAUUUAACAUAAUACCAUUUCAUAUUUCUGUAAAAAUUUGAACUGUGGUCUUUGUAGGCCUCACCUGGAUACCUCUCAUCUAAAGGAAGUUUUAAAUUCCUGAAGGAGAACAUAUGUUCAGUGCGGUUUGCUACUUUAAAUGUGUUGAUUAUUAUGUAAACCUGUUAUUAUUAUUCAUUGUUCUCUGAAAACAAAUAAAUAACAGAAUGUCUGUC